UCGAGGCUUUAGUCUUGGAAAGGCAGGCGGUGCUGCCUCAGCACUGCUGGCAAGUGGUGAGCUAAUGGGCCUCUUUUGGAAAGGCCGUGUCUCGCUUGGUGUCUCUACCCCUCGGGAAUGCUGGCUGGAUAGCAGCAGGCUGCCUGACGAGCAGGGAUCCCACCCACUUGUGGAUUCUUCAGCACUGAAACAAGCCAGGAGAUCCAGGAGAAACACCUUGAUACGAGUGCCCCCAUUCCAGCUUCUAGCAGCAGACCAACGUAUGCUAGAGGAUGGGAAAAAGUUUGAUUCCUCCCGCGACAGGAACAAGCCAUUCAAGUUUGUGAUGGGCAAGCAGGAGGUGAUCCGCGGCUGGGAAGAAGGGGUUGCGCAGAUGAGUGUUGGGCAGAGAGCAAAGAUGAUCAUCUCUCCAGAUUACGCCUACGGUUCUACUGGCCACCCAGGCAUCAUCCCCCCAAAUGCCACGCUAAUUUUUGAUGUAGAGCUUAUUAAAUUGGAAUGACAGGAGGCCCCUUCCUCAACUCCCUGUUCUUGGGUUUGGCACAUGGAGGCAUCCAGAAUCUCAGCUUCAAGAAAAAUGCACAUGACUUUGUAUGGAGCUUUUCCUGAUAUUCCACUACACUCAUUGUAUAACCAUGUACCCUGAUUGAAUGUGUCUGAUCACUCAGCUUUGCUUCCGACUCUUCCUCCUUGUAUUGUGGUUUUAUGUCUUUUAAACUAUAUGCCGUAAACCUCACCAUUUUGAGGGUCAAAUUCUUAAUCUUAUUUUUGUUCUGGGUGUAGAUUAAGUUGUGUAUGAUUGAGCAUUCACCGUAAGUACACUGAUGGGUUAACCUUAGAUAGGAAUUGUUUGAACAAAGAAAACCUGUUAAUUUUUUGGAUGCAAAUAUCGUGUAUUAAAAACAAAUUGCUGCUGCUCCAAAAGCCAUAGCGAUCGAGGGCUGAGUGACUCUGGAAAGCAGAGUAGUUCUAGGCUAAUGUAUUUGUUUCCUUGGCUGAAACUGGGCCUCUGGGAGCGACUCGCUUCCCCCUUCCCAUCUGCCUCGUGGAAGGACAGUUUCAACGCGUUGUUGCUGCCCCAGCAGUAUUUUCCCUCCAGGGUGGCUGGGGCUGCCCUUACAGCUGCCCCCAUCGCUACCCAUUGACUUUUCCAUCUCUUGGUUAUUUUCUCUUGGAUUUCAAAGACCUUUUUAUCUUUAGCCAUCAAAGCUCUGCAACUACCUACAUUCAAGAACUUGAAUUGAACUUUUUAAAUUGAAGGUGCUGUUUAUGGGGGGAGGGGGGAGAUACAAAAAGAAACCAGCCCACAAGAGAGAACCCAAACCCCAGUCGUCAUAAUUACGACUUAGACCCGAGUGUUCUCUACCAAACCUUGAUGCUGGUCAUCACAGCUCGCAGCAGUCUCCCGUAUGACGCACAGUCCUGCUCUGCUGAGGUCCUUCCCACUCGCCUGCCUCUGCCCUGUGUAGUAAUUUUUGGUAAGAGAAAUUGCCGCCAUCACUUCCUCCUCCACCACAUUAAAGUAUCAUGUUUUAUUAUUGCAAUAAAAUGCUUUACGCUGGCUUUUCUCAA